CGAGCGCCGGAUAUAUCCGGCAUCCAUCCGAUAACCUGUGUGGACGAGUGCCGGAUAUAUCCGGCAUCCAUCCGAUGACUUGUGUGGCCGAGUGCCGGAUAUAUCCGGCAUCUAUGAUAUGUGACAAUCCGUGUGAAAAAACAAACAAGUGACAUCUAUAUACAGUCUAUACAAUUAUAUUUUAUUUUACCGACGUAUGAGAUAUGAAUCUUAUUCAAAAUAUAUUUCGCGCUCACGCAUAAAACCUUGAAUUGUUACAUUUUUUAACAAUUGCUCUGUGUUUUUAUCUGUGUUAAUUGAGUAUCAGCGGUGCGACAGUUCUAUCCUAAUACAGAUCAUUUUAACAAAUAGUCUUUUGUUACAAGAAUUCUGGAAAAACAGCUACAGGUAUAAUUGUCGUUUGAUUUCAACUAUUUUAUUAAAAAAUUUAGAGGUUACCCUUUUGUUCGAAACUUGUGUAUAGAAUUUAAAAAAUUGAGGCCCUUUUCAGAAUGAAUAGAGGAAAUAAAAGAUUUAUAAACGGUCUUACUGACUCAGAAAGUGACGAGAAUUGUGAAAAUGAAAAUAAUUUUAAUCGACGUAAAAGAAGAGUAAAUGUCAUAUAUGGCAGUUCUGAAUCGGAAACAGAAUUGUCCCAAGAGGUUGAUAACACGAACUGUGAAGUAAAAUGGUCAAACAAUCAUUUUGUACCAAAAAUUCAUCGAUUCAAUCCAAAACACUCGGGAAUCACCAACCAAAUACGCCUGUCAUCUCAAAUCAUUGAUUAUUUUCAAUUAUUUAUAUCUGACGAGUUAGUAGACAUAAUUGUAGAAGAGUCGAACUAUUAUUUGGCCCAAAAAACCAAUAACAAUACGAAUAACCAAGAACAAACUACGCGAAAUGAGAUGUAUUGUUUUUUGGCUAUAUCGUUACUGAUGACACGAAAUAAAAAACUAUCACUCAAGGAGUACUGGAGCACGGACGAUUUUCUACGCAGCGAUAUUUUUGGGAAAAUAAUGACCAGAGAUCGUUACUUCCUGCUACUCAGAAUCUUGCAUUUCUCCCAUGAACCGGGAUGCAUUGGCGACCGCCUAAUAAAAAUAAAAAGAAUAUUUGAUAUAAUACGACACUCGUUCAAUGCGGCAUUUGUGCCUUACCAACAACUGUGUAUAGACGAAAGUUUGCUUCUAUACAAAGGCCGCCUAUCUUUUAAGCAGUAUAUUCCGAAGAAAAGGAAUCGGUUCGGAAUAAAGUCAUUUAUUCUUUGCGAUUGCAAGACCGGAUUCGUGCAGGACAUUAUCAUUUAUACCGGAGCAUCAACAGUUGCGGACAGUCCGAUCAAGGGCAUUGGGAAGUCUGGAGCAAUCGUCUUACAACUCUUGAAGACAUACUUAGGAAAGGGCCAUACCCUUUAUGUGGAUAACUUUUACUCCAGUCCCGCAUUAUUUAGUCUACUAUUCGCCAAUCGCACAAAUGCAUGCGGGACAGUGACAAAAAGACGACAAGGAAUGCCCAAAAUCGAAAAUAAAUUGGAAAGGGGAGAGCUGUCUUUUCGUAGCUCGGAAAAUUUAUUAGUUUUGAAAUGGAUGGAUAAGAGAGAAGUGUACAUGAUCUCAACUAUGCAUACUGCAGAUUUCAUGACAGUGUCCAGACAUAGAGGAAGACAGAGAGUACAAAAGCCUGUCUGUAUCGUAGAUUACAAUAAUUCCAUGGGCAUAGUCGAUAAAGUGGACAUGGUACUAAGCAGUGUAGAUUCAACUCGAAAAACUUUAAAGUGGUACCGAAAAUUUUUUUUCCAUCUAAUUGAUAUUUGUGUAUGGAAUGCGUAUUGCCUCUAUAAACAUAAAAGGACCGCAACUAUAUCCAUGGCGAAUUUUCAAUUACAAUUGAUAAAACAAAUAUGCGAUAAAUAUCAUAAAGAUUACAUCAAUCGACAAGUGAGAAAAAAUGAUUAUCCCAUGAGAUUGACAGAAAGACAUUUUCCGUCAUUGUUUGUGUCGAAAAGAAAGAACCGGAGCCGACGGUGCGUUGUUUGCAGCAAAAAUGAUAAAAGAUCGGAAUCAAGAUACGAAUGCAAAGAAUGCAAUGUUGGUUUAUGCAUAAAUGAGUGUUUUAAAAUAUAUCAUACCCAAUUAUAUUAUUAGCCUUUAUACUUAUAAUCAUAUUAUAUUUAUAAUCAUAUUAUAUUUAUAUUUAUAAUUUUGUAUAUAAUUUUGUAUAUACUUCUGUAUUUAAUUUCUGUAUAUAUAUUCUUUCUGUAUAUAUUUCUGUACCGAAUUUUGUAUAGAUUUUACUUAUAAUUAAUAGAAUUUUAUAUAAAUAAUUUUUAAUAUUGAAGCAACAACCAACACUUGUUGGAAAAAACAUUGUUUUAUUAAGCACAGUUCUUAUUUAACCCUUAGGAAAAUGUUAGAGGGUAGACUGACAGUGUGUUAUACGAUUCCUUUCGGCCGAAUCAAGACAGUUUGUUAUAAGCACAUUUUCGGCGCGGCACCUCGUUCAGCGGGGGUAUCAUGACGGACAGAGCGCCCGUACCGAAAGGGUUAAGGAAA